UCUUCUACAAUGGAUGAUGAGGUUAACACAUCACCAAGUAGAGCUCCUGGCAACAGACUGUUGUGUAUGGUGCCUGAACGUGCCCGGAUUCACAUGGCAUUGAUUGUUCUCCAGUUUGGUUAUGCAGGGCAACAUGUCAUCCUCAGAACUGUGCUUAACAUGGGUGUAAGCAAGCUUGUGUUCCCAGUUUACAGGAACAUCGUCGCGCUGCUUCUGCUCGGUCCCUCUGCGUAUUUUCUGGAGAAGAAAGAUAGACCACCACUAAAUUUUGGCCUUGUCAUGCAGUUUUUCUUCAUGGGACUUCUUGGGAUCACAUGCAACCAAGGAUUGUACCUCGUGGGUUUGGAAAACACAUCACCCACAUUUUCUUCUGCAAUAGAGAAUGCAGUCCCUGCAAUAACAUUUUUCAUGGCUGCAGUAGUCAGAAUCGAACAAGUUCACUUGAAUAGAAAAGAUGGCAAAGCCAAGGUACUUGGAACUUUGGCCUCUGUUGCUGGAGCCUCAGUCAUAACCCUUUACAAGGGGGCAACAGUUUAUGGACCCCCAAGUGAUUCGCAAUAUCUAAACCAGUCUCAUUCUCUGAUCUCAAUAUUUGGAGAUGCCAAGGAGAAGAACUGGACCUUGGGAUGCAUAUGUCUAAUUGGUCAUUGCCUAUGUUGGUCUAGCUGGAUUGUGCUACAAGUACCUGUUUUGAAGAACUACCCAGCUCGCCUCUCGGUCUCCUCAUUUACUUGCUUCUUUGGCAUUCUGCAAUGUUCUGCAAUUGCGGGGAUUGUAGAGAGAGAUUCACUGUCCUGGGAGGUCCAUUCUGGCGUUGAAGUUUUCGCUAUUCUCUACGCGGGAGUGGUGGCUUCAGCAAUGGCAUUUGCAAUACAGAUAUGGGUGGUCGAAAAAGGAGGCCCAGUGUUUUUUGCAGUUUACCUGCCUCUACAGACAUUACUCGUAGCUCUAAUGGCCUCAGCCAUUUUGGGUGAACAAUUCUACUUGGGAGGCAUUAUUGGAGCAGUGUUGAUUGUAACUGGACUCUACCUGGUGGUCUGGGGGAAAAAUGAAGAGAGCAAGCUUGGCAAGGAAAUGAGUGUGAUUUCCUCAAUGCCUGCAGAUGAAGAAUUCUCUCUGUCUCAGUCAUUACUCACUUCCUCUUCGAAGUAG